AGGGUCCGAUUUUUUGCUGCCGUGUCGAUUUUAAAGAAAAGUAAAAAGAGUAUUGGUUCAUUUUAUGAAAGAAUUUUCAUUCUUCGUUUUUGAGAGAAUUCUUGAAUUUUAUAUUUUGGGAAUCUUGAGGGGGCUAAUUACCCCUAACUAAGCCCUUGAUGAUAACCUUUCUUAAUUUUCGUUGGAAUCUAUUUUUCCAAUAUUUUAUUUCAUGGAAGUGAAAUAGAAUAUUCAUUAUAUGAAUUCAUUUCUACAUGAUGUCAUUCUCAUUCCUGAACUGAUAAGCCCUGAAUGUUUGCUGUUAUUGUUUUUUAACUUCAUAUCGAUUUGAAUAAUUCUGACGUGAAAAUAUGAAAUAUACAAUUCCUGCUUUAUCAUUAUAUACGUUUAUUUCUUGAUAUCGGUAAUUCGUAGAAAUAAUAAUGCACUUAAAAAAAACUAUCGUAGUAUUCACUCUUCUUGUUCUAAUGAAGAACAAUUUUGUGGAGGCAAAAACCGUCGACUUGCUUCCAAAAAAACAUAAAAAGGAAGAGGGGUCAGUCUCCUCAAAAAACCAAAUAACUGGCACCUUUGGUGCAAGAAAAGUAUGCAUGAACGUUUGCAACCCCCCUUACUAUAAUCAAGAAUAUCCUCCUUCGUAUGGAAGCCAGCCUAGGCCUUCGUGGAAUCAAAAUUAUAUGCCUGGAAGCGGAGGUUAUGACAAUCCAGCGGAUUAUGGUCAGAAUGUUUUUCCUAGUUAUGAUAAUUUAGAAGACAACCAGUUUCAGCUACAGGGUGAUUUUGGAGAUUACAUCGCUAGCUGUUACAGAAAUAUGUUCAAAAGAAAAUACAGAUUAGAUCCUGGAUUUCUAAAACCUUCAAUAUACAAUUACCAAUCAAUUUUCAAGAGCAAUUACGGUGUGAGAAGAAAUAGAAAUCAUUACCAGGAAUUUAUGAAUUGUCAGCUAAUUUGUUAUCCUGUAAUGGUACCAAAUUACGAACCCCUUAGUACAACAACCACUAAAGAAACUACUUCCGAAUCGAACGAAACGACUGAAGAAACCACUUCAACUACACGAAAAAGAAGAAAACCAACAGCUAAAAAUGGAAAAAAAUUUAAGAGACACAAGUGAUAAAGAGGUGUUGCUCUUGUGAGAAGGAAGAUGGAUAUUGGAAUGCUAUAUUAUAUUUUAUGGAUUUUCUAUUGAACAAUGUAACCGUUUUCACUGCAUUCAUCAAGUAUUUAUAAACUUAUUUCUAAUUCUUGUGUUAUUGAUUAUACAUUCGAUAUUACAAUUGGAGUUCUUUGUGUGAAUUCAAGAUAUAUCGUGCUAGAUUAGAGUGUUUUUUCAAAGAUAAUAUGACAACAAUUGCUAUUCAUUGAAUCCAAUAGAAAUGCAAGCAUAGCACUUAUUCUGCUUAUAAACGAGUUAUUCGAAAAUAUUCAUAUGAGAGAAGAUAUGGACGCAAAAAUUUCUUACCUGAAAUAUUAUUUCUUGAACACAUCCUUUCAUGGUUUUCAUUUUAUUUUCGAAAGUGAAAGGCACUGGACUGAAAGAAUUUUUUGGGGCUUCUGUUGCAGUCUCAGUUGGCUCGCCUCUAUAAUGCUCAUACAGACAGCCUGGAACGAUUUUCGUAAUAACGCAAUCAGUUUUGUGGUUGAAACUAGCUAUUUGGAAUGGGAUACGCAUUUCCCUUCAAUUGCAGUGUGUGAAACAGAUAACCAAGGAAGAAUAAGCGAAUUCACAGAUGAAACAUAUGGAAAUCCUCAUGACUUCAAUUUCAACGAAAUCGUCAAGGAACUGGUCUUUUUCAAAGGUUUGUCUUUUUAUACCCUUCAAAUGUGUGGACCCAAUGCUACUGCUAAGCACAAGGAUUGCAACAAAAAAAAUUUCGUGGAGUUUUCAGCUGAGGUUAGAAGUCCUUGUUCGAAAAUAUUCCAAAAAUGCGUUUGGAAUAAUGAUGAGUUCAAUUGUUGCGACUUCUUCCACAUGAUGGACACUGAAGUUGGAAUAUGUUUCGGUGUGAAUUCUAUACAGACGAGGAAUAAGAAAGCUCCACGUUAUCCAAUGAUUUCGAACAAGAAGACUGGAUCUGGGACUUUACGCUUGGAGAUAAGGGGAAUAGCCUUCGUGGGUAUCUAUUUAUGUAAUGCCAAAAAACUACCGGGAAUUGAGCAAGUUUAUCUGCUCGGGGAACAAGAAGUUCCAACUUUAACAACAGUUGCUACGGAUAUCAUACAAAUAAGUCCACAUAUUCAUUCAAAAAGAUAUAUAUCCAUCAGGGAGAUCGAGAACCAACCAGAGGUUAAAGAUGUCAGUAUCGAACAGAGGAAAUGCAGAUUCACUUACGAAAACAAUUUGGACGUCCAUCACCACUAUAGUUUCAGCGCUUGUUGUGUGGAUUGCAGAAAGAAAGCUCAACUUGAGAUGUGUGGAUGUGCUCAUCAUCUCAUGCCGCAGUUGACUAAGAAUCUCUUCUGCGACAUCAAUGGUUUAUACUGCCUGAACAAACACUAUAACGACCUGAUAGUUCUGAAGGCUCAUUGGUCUAAUAGAACCGGCUUAGUAUGUGAUUGCUUGCCAAGUUGUACCGAGUUCGAAAUGUCAGUCGUCAAGGAUGUCAAAUUUGGUAUCAAAGAGGAGUUUGGUGUUGUAGAAAUAAGCCUUCUACGAUUGCCUAGUGAGAGGUGUAAAAGGAAUGUUGUAAGGGGAAAAUUGGAUUUUGUAGUUUCAACAGGUGGGAUUACUGCACUCUUCUUGGGGGCGAGCAUCUUGAGUUUUGUGGAAAUUAUUUAUUACUUUUUUGUUCGACCUUUCGGAGAAAAAGAUAUUUUACGUCAAGACUAAGAUCAUUUUUUAUAUUGCAACAUAUAGGCCAGUAGAAAAACAAAAAAUAAAAUAAUCACAUCGAUAAUAGAUCUUACACAGUAAAAUAUAGCGAAAAACGAAAUGGGUUUCGACUUUUUCUGAUCCUCUUUGCCUGCUGAAGAUGAUGCUCUUCUUCCGCUUUUGUCUUCACAUCUGGAAAUCAUUAUUUCUUUGGAUUAUUGUAUUAAAAUAUAGAUUUCAAGAAUAAAUGAAGUGUUUGAAA